UGUUGCUCAACGUCUGACUACAUUCCGAUUAAUAUGGCGAAGGGUUAUGAGUUCAGCAUUUACAUCAAAUCGACGGAACCUAACAUGGUAAACUCAUUUGGUUUCUACGUUUACAAUAUAAACAAAAAAAGAAUUUUGAAUCCUAACUUAAAUGAUCCAUAUUUCAAGAAAAGCAGUAACGAUUUAUAUGUGUGGACCAAAUGGACGGGCUACAUUCUUCCUUACUACAUGUCUGACUCAAACAGUGACAGCCAACCGGAUUCUCAGUUCGACGAGACAAAUGGAGUAGAUUGGAAGUGGCCACGUAAUGCUAAAUAUGUUGCCCUAAGAUUUGGAUCGUGUGGUAGUGACAGUCAAAACUCAAAAACGGUCAUCGUUCGUAGGUUCGUUGAACUUGAUUCGCUUGAGCCACCUUUGGGUUCAACGGUUGUCGAUCCUGCAAAAAGUGUAGAUUCCCUACAUCACAAUAUUGCUAACGCUGCUGCUAUAGAUCGAACUACCACUGUACCUCCUAUUACACCUCCUACUGCACCUCCAGCUGUUACACCAGCUGUAGACAAGACGUGGUACAUUAAUCUCAGCUAUAGCGAACUCGAGGCUUCACGGCGUCCUGAACAUGUUGUUGUCCGGACCUUUAACAUAUCUGACUUCCGUGAAUGGGAUUCGAAACCAAACAGCACAAAAGGUAAUUAA